UGCUAUCAUGAAGAGCGCCGGCUGGGUGGGUGCAGCCCUCCUGCUACUGUGCUCAUACAGUCAGGGGUAUUUCUUCCAAGACGGCUACGACCAUCAGUAUACCUACUCCUCUGUGUCGGAACUGUUCGGCCAUAAAAAUAUCACCACUGUUCUGAAGUUCAAGAUCAGAGCCCUCAAUACGACAGAGGAUGGCGGAAGACUGCAUUCGUUACGUGUGAUCAGUAUUGUGCAGUUUGCAGAUGGCAGAUACUUCAGUAACCCCAAAAGGUUGGAAUUUGGAAACAAUGUGAGUGUCUUUACACAUCUUUCCUGA